GGUACACUGGCGGAUCCCGAAUAGUCCCUAACCCUCACCUCCCCCAUCCCAGCCCCCCGCACAUACACACACACACACACACACACACACUCUCACACACAGGCCCCGCCCCUGGGAUCGCUCAGCCCUGCGCUGCUCUCACACAGCUGCACUAGCGGAUACAGCUUCCAUGGAAUAAAGGUCAGAGAAAGAGAGACAAAUCCCUCUGCGACUCAAUGUGGACUUUUCCAGCUUUGGAAGGCAGCCAACUAACAGUGCUAUGCUUGUUUGACUGAUUUGAAUUCAGCGCUCUGUGCUGGUACUGGAGCUGUGUGCCAUGUAUCAAGGUCUGCUAGUCAUGAGAAAGUUCCUGUUUGUUGGAAUAACUUUUGCUGCAUUGCUUCAUUUCAUGCUUCACAUAUUUGUACAGAAGAAAACCAUCUCCACGUUACCGACAGACGCUGUAAAAGAAUUUAAAUCCUGCUACAAUGAAAAGUUUCGGCUAAUUCUAAACACGUCUGAAAUCGAGCCAUUUCUUUGUCAAGACUUCAGGAAGCAGUCUGUGAAUUUAGGGAGCAACAAGCUGGACCUGCCAUAUGGUAUACGUAGAGGAGAGAGGUUUUUUGACCUGGCUCUCAAGAACCUUCCGCAGUGUACCCUCCCAGAAGAAAUUAAGAAUAUUUCCUGCAAGAAAUGCGUCGUGGUGGGGAACGGAGGAGUGCUACGCAACAGCACAUUGGGGAAAAAAAUUGACAGCUAUGAUAUCAUUAUAAGAAUGAAUGAUGGCCCUGUGCUGGGCUAUGAAGAUGAUGUGGGACGGAAGACCACAUUCCGCCUCUGCUACCCCGAGUCUAUCUUCUCAAACAGUUUGCACUAUGAUCCUAACAGCACUGUUGUCCUUUUGAUGUUCAAGCCCCAUGACGUCAAGUGGUUGUCGGAGCUGCUUAUGCACAAACGGGUGAGCACAUAUGGAUUCUGGAGGAAACCAGCCAUGAACCUGAUCUACAAGCCCCACCAGCUGAGAGUGCUGAAUCCCUUCAUUCUUCGCCAAGUAUCUCAGAAUAUAUUGAAUUUUCCAUUGAGCUUUCCAAAGACAGAAAAACCAAAGCAUCCGACCACUGGAAUUAUCGCCAUCACCCUGGCUUUCCAUAUAUGCAAUGAAGUACAUAUAGCAGGAUUCAAAUACAACCUGACGUCUUUAAACAGUUCACUCCAUUACUACGGAAAUGAGACCAUGUCUGUCAUGGCUCAGAACGAAUACCACAACAUCUCAGCAGAACAGAUGUUUAUAAGAGACCUCAUUGAACACAAAACAAUCAAGAACUUGACGUAAUACAUAGUAUUAAGGACAUUUCACAAAUCAAAAAGAGACACUUCCUAUUUUUAUAAAUAAAAAUUUUUCUUUUUUUUUUUUUUUUACCGUUAAAGUAUUUUUUUGGGGGGCGGGCAAAAAAAAAAAAAUCAAGAUGGAGACAGGAAAAAUCUCCCAAACAUUCCUUAUCAUGGGAAGCGGAUAGUGGUGUCCCUCUUGUACAUAUCAGCAAGAAGAAGCAGCGAGAUGUGAGCUAUUGGCUGGAUGGACUGUGCCGGCGUAGCCGAGCUCUCUAACACUCUGUAGCCCAAUUGCCUGGAUCCCGCCGUCGCAAUGCUAACGCCGGGAGCGCACAUUUACUAUGUACAGUUGUAUAGGGUUGUUUCAGAAAUAUCAGUAUUUUGCAGAAAAAUAUUAUGGAGGGGUGAUGUGGUAAUAUGGUCAAUAUUUGGCCCCACCCCUUAACCCAUAGCAACCAAUAAGCAGUCUGUUUUUACUGGUUUAUUACAGUUGGAUCAUGGAAGGAAACCUCUGAUUGGUAGGGUUUACUGGGUAAGAGGGCAAGCUUUGUUUAUGUUCAUAAACUCCAAAUGCAUUCAAAGAAUCUUCUCAUCUUUCAUUUCAAAAUGUAUGUUUUGUGUAGUUGUGUAUCAUGGAAUGUAAUCACUUGGCCAGAUCCCCCAACCCUUGUGCGGUGAUAUCAUUCGGGUGGCAUUCGGACACAUUGUACUCAUUGUAUUGACCCCCUAAACAGUGUUGCCUGAUUUCCACUACAGAAUGUCUUUCCAUUGGAAAAAGAAUGUGAACUUUCUCGUACUCUUCUAAGCACUUUUUAAAUUUACAUUUAUUUUCUGUUUUUAGUGGUUUUCAUGCUGUUGGCAGUUUUAGGCCGCUAAUACCAGACUGAAGAUUUAACAGCUCACUUUCCAAGAGCUAACACUGACAGCCUGCUCCCUGCAUAACCACAAACAACAGAGAAUUCAUGUAAACUGUGAAAGAACUCAGAUUACUGAGUAAGUUUACAUUACAUGUUAUUGGGGGGUUAGAUCCCCUUUAAGAGGGCAUGUGACUACGCGGCCAAUCUCUAGAUAGUAAUGUUGUCACAGAACAUAGAGUUUGCAGAAAUGUAUUGCAGAUACCCUUAUUUACCCUUAGUAUAGCAGGUACUGUGUAUUAUAUGGGGGAAAUCUCUCCUAAGGGUAAGGGGGCACACAGCUUAUUGGCUGGCAGCGGAGAAUACACCAAGGGGCAUAGUUAUUAUAGUUUGUAAGCUAACAUCACCGGUGAUGUUUCCCAUAGCAACCAAGCAGCAAUUAGAUUUAAACUGCAAGUUAGAAAACAAAAAGCACAAAUCUGAUUGGUUGCUAUGAGCAUCAUCUCCAGUGAUAUUCGCUUACACACUAUAAUAAGUAUGGCCUACAUAGGCAAGGCCUGACCGUUUUAAUGUGGUGGUUCACCUUUAAAUUAACAUCUAGUAUGAUAUAGAAAGUGAUAUCCUGAGACAAUUUGCAAUUGGUCUUCAUUUUUAUUGUGUCAUUUUGAAAUUAUUAAACAUUAUGCUCAGCAGCUCGGAUUUGGAAUUUUUGCAGCUAUCUGGUUGCUAGGCUCCAAAUUACCCUAGUAACCAAGCUGGUGAGAAAUUUGUAUUUGAAUAGAAGAGAGUCUGAAUAGAAAGAUAAGUAAUCAGAUAUAACAAUAACAAUAAAAUUGUAGCCUCACAGGGCAACAGAUUUUGGUUUCCAGGGUCAGUGACCCCCAUUGGGAAGGCAACAAAUAAUUCAAAAACGAUUGAACAAAAAAUGAAGACCAGUUGAAAAGUUGCUUAGAAUUGCUCAUUCUAUAACAUACUAAAAGUUGAACUGAAGGUGAACUUCCCCUUUAAAGGAGCAGCAUACACCUAUAUAAGACUUUUUAACAUGAGCAAAAUAAACAGAACUUGUGUUGAAAUGUGUUCUGCUUUUGUUUAAACAGAGAUAAUGAGCCCAGUAUAAACAACCUUGGCCAUCGUGUUGGAAUACAGAUAAGGAGAAGUCUCUGAUAAACUACCGUAACCCUCUCCCAAAGCUGCUCACAAGCUUUCUCUUCCCUUUCCUUUAUCUUUUUUAGCCCAAGGAGUCGUUAAAAAAAAUAUUUCCUAAAUUACAAGAUUAGACAAAAAGUCUGAUCAGAACAAGCCUUAAACUCAUGUUGAGCGUAGGGGUUACUGUCUCUUUCAUGUAAACAAUACUCUGGCUUUGGGGAACAUAUUGGCCUGAGGAAACAAUUGCAAGCUGUUGGGGUUACUGCCUGCCAUGGAAUUGAAUGGGAGACACCUAAAAGCACCAACUCAAUAGGGCACCUUGCUAUCGGUGUAGUGCCGCAAUACAUUGUCCUUGGGGUACGUGUAUGUCUUGGGUCUAUUUACCAACACUGGGCCUAUUUACACCUGGGUACUAACCAAUAGAAAUCAAUCAGUGCUUGAUCAGGUUACUGUGCCAGUCCAUGCCCUCGGCCCUUUGGAUGGGGAAAUUAAAUUGGGUUUUUUUGUGUGUGCAAUGAAAGAAAAUUGCUGACUAGAAGUUAUAUCAACCAGUGAUUGUGUUUGUGUGAAGUUUUUUUUUUUUUUGUAUUUUAAUUUAAUCUCUGUUGUACUUCUGGCAUUGUGGCUAGAGGAUACAGGCAUUCAUUGUAUGCAGAGAGCAGGGUAACUUGUUGGUAGCAUCAAAUGAGAAGCUGCUACACAGCUCGCGUUUGUACAUAUCCUUGUGAAUGUAUGCAGAUACCAAUAAAGGUACUUUGGAAUGCUC